CUUCGCUCACCGCUCAGACUCUGUCUUUCCCAGCUGCAGUGAGGCUAGGAGGAAGAACACGGCCGCUCCCUGCCUCACAGCGGGUCGGUGGGAUAUGUUAUCCUUUCUUUGUGGUCAGGCGUGCCUCGGGCAGCUAAAGGCGAGCGAAGGCCCCCGUUCUGCGGGCGGCGCUGACGUGUCGGUGGGAAAGGCGGCGGUACCGGCGGCACCAUGUCGAAGGUCACCUUUAAAGUGACGCUCACCUCGGACCCCCGGUUGCCUUACAAAGUGUUAAGCGUGCCUGAGAGCACACCUUUCACAGCUGUCCUCAAGUUUGCUGCAGAAGAAUUCAAAGUUCCUGCAGCAACAAGUGCCAUUAUAACAAAUGAUGGUAUAGGAAUAAACCCUGCACAGACCGCAGGAAACGUGUUUCUAAAGCAUGGUUCAGAUCUACGGCUCAUUCCCAGAGACCGUGUUGGGAGCUCAUAAUAUCUCCUGGAAGCUGGGGAAUCGGUGACAUUGCUGUGCCGCAGAGGUCUAUUUAUUUUGGAACUCCAAAAUGUAACUCAUGAAUUGGACUUCUUUAAAGCAAGCAAAGAUGACUUCCCAGGAUUUGAUUUUUUUUUUUUUUUUUUGGAAACAGAGAUAAAGGUUCAUUUUCCUGUUAAAAUACAUUAACUCAUGGACUGAUUCUUCCCUGACUAAUAGAAGAACAGGCUGAUUGCAUGUUAUGUUGCUGUGAGACAGACAGACCUCUCUGUAGGUGUUAUUGACACCACAAGGGUAAACACAGCCACCAUCAAUAGAUACUUAAACUACUGGAUAUUGUUGGGCCUCCUUCAUGCAAGGGGAAACUGUGUUAUCGUGUUGCUACAAAGAAAUCAUUCCUACUGUGUGCUAAAAGUUGGGGUUUUUCCUGUACUUUUUUUCCUCCUAAAGUUAUUUCAAUGUUUUGGGGAACAGCUUCCACUUGGCUCAAAUACUGAUCUCAAGUAGAAGAGAAAUUUCAGGAGUUUAUUACUCAAAUAAGUAAACAGCUGCCAAAUGUUCCAGAGUAAUUCUAAGAUUUAAUUGCUGCAAGUAUUUGAAGUAAAGGAGAAAACAGAGAUUCCUGUGUUUUAGGACUACAUUUUGACAUACUGUGAAGUUAAAUUAAUCUCAGUUUCCAAGAAUUUGUGAGGCCUAGUCUCCUCACAUGAAGUGCCAUCAGCUGGGAAGGAUUGCAGUGUAAUUUGGGUAUGUGUAGACUGGUCAAAUAUCUAAUUCCUUUUUCAGUAAUCAAAUACUGGUUCUUUCCAGAAGUCUUGGUUUUGUUGCUGCCUGUUACAUAGAAAACAGCAUAGAAUUCACUGGAAUAUUUUUUUCAGAUUAGAAAUUGCCAGGUGUACACUAUCAGUUGUGUAUUUUUAGUAGAGAAAUUGCUGCUUCUCUUGAACUUGUUGUCUGUGCUGCAAUUUAAUGUAUUUGGCAAAAUCUUACCAUAUUGCAUUUUUUUCUUUUCUACUGAGUUGAACAGAAAGAACAAUGGGUGUUACAGUGCUUGGUUAAAUGAGUAUUGUCACAAAUACAACUGUCCUGUGCAAUCAUCAUGCUUUAGAAAGAUGUUUAGAUAAUGUGUCAGAUAAUGCAGAAGUACAAAAUGCCCUUCUGAGUGGGUGUAAGCUGAGGAAAUAAAGAAAAAACUAUUCAGAGAUCAACAUUUGCCUAUAAACAGCUUCCAAAUUUAAAUAAAUUGUAAAAAUCUGUAUUUUUCUUUACUUUAAUGAACAAUUAAAUUAAAAAGUGCAAACAUU